UAUUAGCUUCACACUUUUGUUACCCAAACGCGUAACGUACCGAAUUCAAACGUAAACAAAAUAUUUUGAACUUGGACGCACGUGUGUAGUUUUACUCCUUUCUUAUGUAGUGCACACUAACUUAGAUAAAACGACAGUUCUGCGGUAUGCAGUCAUAACUUCUCGAAUGUAUCAACAAAAUAUGCCGAAGGGCCGCAGUGCAACAAUUCUAAAACGCAUAGCAGUUUAAUUUCUACACAUUUCAAAAUGGUGCGACGAAAAGGCAACUCGGCCAGGAAUAACAAACGCAAAGACUCGGAGACGAUAACAGACAAGCGAACCUCGAACAAGGCCCGCCGAAAUCGCAUGAUCGAAGAAAUCAAGUAUUUGCAAAAGUCGACGCAUCUGCUAUUACCAAAGGCUCCGUUUUCCAGGAUCGUGCGCGAAAUCAUCAACGAUCUCUUUCCAAGAACCCUUCAAAUCAGAAUACAAGACAAGGCUCUGCAAGCCCUGCAAGAGGCGUGCGAAAUGUAUAUUGUGCAAUUUUUUGAGGAUGCCGUCUUAUUGUGCUUACACAACAAACGAGUCACACUGAUGCGCAGCGACAUGCAGUUGCUGAGACGAUUGCGAGGCCGCGGCGACGUUAUAAAUAAGUAAAUUGUUUAAUUUAUUGACGAUUCCAAGGACUGGAUGAGGGUCAUGGUUACUGUAUAAUAUGUAUGUUGUCUAUAAGUGCCUGUAAUAUUAUAAAUCAAAUGUGACAUGUCCUGAGCCUUGUCAAUUGAUAUUUUCUUUUUUAUAUCUUAUAUUAUAUUAACUUAUAAAAUUUAUUUUGUAGGACAAAAAAAUUAAAUAUUAUUUUUAAUUAAAGAUCUUUGUUUGUAAUUGUCGCAUGUAUUUAUUACGUCAAGUUCUAUAAAAUCAAUUAAUCAACUAAAUUGUUGGUUUAAAAUUUAUGAUCAAAAUUUGAUUAAUGUACAGUUAACAUGAAUGCGUAUGUAUUUGUUAUUACUGAGGUGUUUCUCUUUCUAGAGAAUUAAAAAAGAGAUAUAAUUCUUAAAUAUUUAUAAAUAAAACUCAAUACACAUUUCACAAAUAUUGAAAUU